AUGCUUUGGACUUUACCUUUAUUCAUUUUCACAUCGUAUGCUCUUUUUUGCCAGCAGCAGCAACACCAACAACAGCAACAAUACUAUGCCAGCCUAGUGGCAUCAGCGCUUGGAAGUUGGGCAGCACAGACCCAGUCUUCUGGAGGCGUUGUAAAUCCGUCUGCCUCAGGUGGAGCAGCGUCUACCACUACAUCAACACUUACUGCUCAAUCCGCAGCGUCGGUUGGAGGCCAUCAUAGGGCAGAUAAAGGCACUCGAAAGUCUUACAACUCCUCUGAGGCAUUUCGCGCCAAUUCCUCCUCUUCUGCCAACUACUCUCCUUCAUCUUCCUCAUCAUCUGGUUCCUCUUUGCUCUCUACGAAAUCCGGAUCAGCAAGUUCAAUAUGCGAUACUGACACCAACAACGCAACGGCUGCUGCCAUGCAGCAGGCCGCAAUGCUCGCUGCCUAUCACCAAGCUUCACAAAUGGCAGCCGCUGCUGCCUACAUAAACAACCCGAUGGCUGCUGCUCUCUACUAUCAAAUGAUGAUGUCCUCUGCUCCCAAUACAGCAGCCUUCGCUUCAUUUGCGCAACUACAACAGCAACAACAGCAGCAGCAACAACAACAACAACAGCAGCAGCAAUCCCAGUCCCACAUACAACAGUCGCUUCCUCAAAGCCACCAUCACCAGCAACAGCUAGCAGCCAUAUAUGCAAACUACAUCUCUUCGCUAAAUCGCCAACAACAACAGUAUCAGCAACAUUAUCAGCAACAGCAACAACAACAACAACAAGCUGCUAUUCUAGCUGCUCUUAGCGCUGGUGGCGCUGGGACUUCUGGGGACCUCACUACUUUGCUGGCCAACAUGUUCUCAUCUAGUUCCAACUCCGAUCCUCCUGGAGAAUCAGUAAUGCCACCACCAUCAGGUCCACCUCCUCAACGAGAUGCAUACAGGCCCACCGGUCGUGGCCGAGGCCGUGGGAGGGGUAGAGGCGCUGGACAUGGUGUAGAGAGUCCCAACGUUUCUAUAUCUAGCAAUACCACUGGCCUUCAGGAUGCACCUAGACGUGGCCGGGGUGGAGCUACUCUCACCGGAUUUCAUGGAAGUUCUGGACCUCGAUCUCGUGCCUCAGCCAAUCAUGGUACCUCUUCUGGCUCCAAUACUGGGUCUGGGUGUUCUUCCUCCGCCACGACCUCAGCGUCAAGUGCCCUGGAUCUUUCGAAAUAG